AUGGGAAAGGUCACCAAAUGGAUUGUGACGUUGCUGUUGAUCUGUUUUUUCACAAGCAAUUUGGCAUUGGGGAAUAGCGAAAAGGAAGAUCGUAAGUCUUCAAUCUUGCAUGUACCUAGCCUGCAGUGCAGGCGUAUUUUGGGCGGGCGAAACCUUGUUCGUGUUCGUAAUAUUGUUGUAGCCGCCAUCUUUGAUUUUAUGACAGUGGAAGAUUGGGGAGAGUAUCACAUGGCGCUUUCGCGAGCAAAUUGCGCGCUCAAAGAAAACGCCUGCACUGCAGGCUAGCAUGUACUACACUGUUCUUUAAUGUGCUUAUGACUUCUAACGCAAAAGAUAAAAGUAGAAACCUGGUCCCAGUUGUUCAAAAGCUGGAUAGCCAUAUCCAUCGGAUAAAUCUCUAUCCAGUAGAUAAGUAUUAGAGAAACCAAUUGCACUAUCCAGUGGAUAGUGAUUUCUCCGGUGGAUAGCGCUAUCCACCUUUUGAACAACUAGGGCCUGAACAUCAUGCGCAUUCUGAUAAGAGGCAAUAAAAAUUUAAAAAAGAAGUUUUUGUGUAAUACGAAAUUAAGUGUCUAAUUUUCGCAAAAGUUGAAACUACUGAACUGAAAAUUCUGUCCUUUUAGUUUGGAAAUUUCCGUGAAAAGGUGAUCACGUACCCCUCCCUUCUCGUUUAGGACAAAAUUGUGCCUUAGAGAGGCGUAGGUGCUAGGUUACCGAGAUCCAGAGGGCCUUUUAUUCAUUGAGAUAUAUAAUUGAGAAGAGGAUGAAAACGUCGCCUAAUCCUUUACAGAUAUUUCCUGGGACUCGGCCAAUAAAAACUGCAGAGUGAUGCAGAUAGACGUGCAAAAAUUGCUUACAAAGAAUGAAAAUGAUAUAAAGAAAGGUGGAGCAGCUGCAGCUAAGGCCAAGCGAGUAAAAGAUAUAAUUCAUGGAUUGAAGUAUGUAACUGACCAGAAAUGUAAAGGUAAGUUUUUACGACAUUUUGCGAAUCUAAGGGAGGGGCCUAGAGGGCCCAGGGGGGGCCGGGGUACCCGAUGGGGUUGGGAGACCGGGGGGGCAUGGAGAGCCGGGGGGUGAGCCUCACCUUAUUUUAAGACCAAUUUAGAGUUAGCAGGAACGGGAAAAAUAAUUUUCGAGGCUACGCCCUCAACAACGGUUCUUGUCAGUGUGAACAGAAUUCCUAUCUGCUAUGACUUUCGUAACGGCGCGAAAGCAUCAUUCCGGUAUGGUGUAAACUUAGCCUAACAGAUUUUUUCAUGUGGCCGGCGAUGGUUUAAAAAUCAUUCGAAGUUGUUGUUCAUAGUUUAUAGAAUAAAGAGAGACACAGUUUUGUUAACAGGAAAAAAGAUCGAUAUGUUGAGUUUACAUGAAAUGUCUUUUUGACCAGCAACGCCUCAUACUUAAGCUACAGUAAAAAGGGCAACAAUAAACGUGAAACACGUUUGCAUCACUGCGGCAAAACGAAUUGAAUAGCGAUGUUUCGCGUUUUACCACCCACCUUCGAACAAAUAAGAUUGCAAGAUUUUUUCGUCGGUGGUAAAACGCCCAACAUUGCUAUUCAACUUGAUUUGCAGCAAUUAGUGUUGCAAAACAAUUUGCACGUUUGUUGUCGCCCGUUAUACCGUACCUCUGAAUAAUCAAUGCAUCAAAAAAAUGUUAGGAAGCUCCAAUUUAAGGUGCUUGUUCGCUAGCAACACAUGUAACUUUGAGAAGCACUCGUCAUGAUUUCUUAGGUAUAAAUGAAUGCUCCACCAAGAAGCAUGACUGUGAUAAAAAUGCUGUCUGCAAGGAUACUGACUUGGCCUUCUCUUGCACCUGUAAACCAGGAUAUAAAGGAGAUGGACUGAAGUGUAUAGGUUAGACUACAGUACUUUACUCCAUUCACGUAUUGCCAGUGACGUAACUUAAGUCUUGAAGGGUUCAGUCGGUUUUGUUUUAACUGAUCAGAAUUUUGUUUCUUCUGAAUAGAAGGCUAGAUUAAAGGGAUUAAGCUUUACGGAAAAUAAGCUAGCUAGAAGUUUCUUCGGUUUGUUAAUAAAGAAAUUAAGAUUCACGUUCGUGGCAAACGGCAAACGUCAGAUUCAAGCUGAGAAUUUCUCAGAAUAGGAAAUUAAUAAGCAGAUAAAAACUGCCCAGAACAAUUCUUAUGGAUAACACUGGCGUGAAACGACUUACUUCUGUGUAGAAGUAAUAAACAGCAAACGACAAUUAAGGGGAAAACUUGGUCACGUGGUAAAAAUUCACGUUUUCCGUUUGAAGUAAACGUGAAUGUUAAUCUCUCUAAUAUUUCGUUUGUCCCUCACAGCUGAUGCAAGCAUUUUGAAGGGAUAUCCAUACAAGCCAGCUGAAUAUCGUGAGUUAAAGAUAUAUGACUACCUUAGGAAGGGCAAUUUACUUAUACUAUUACAUUAAAUAUAAAUGAGAUCAUGAUAUCAUAAAUUUUUGAAAGGACAAAAACUUGCAAGGAAACGCCUUUGAAAACGGUAAACGCCAGGAACCGUGAAGUUUUAAUUUGAAAAGCGUGCAAGAUUUAAGCUGAGAAGUGUGCAAGUUUUUGACCUGAUCAGAAGUAAGUCAAAAUUUUUAAUCAGUAUGGNUGAAGUAAACGUGAAUGUUAAUCUCUCUAAUAUUUCGUUUGUCCCUCACAGCUGAUGCAAGCAUUUUGAAGGGAUAUCCAUACAAGCCAGCUGAAUAUCGUGAGUUAAAGAUAUAUGACUACCUUAGGAAGUGCAAUUUACUUAUACUAUUACAUUAAAUAUAAAUGAGAUCAUGAUAUCAUAAAUUUUUGAAAGGACAAAAACUUGCACGGAAACGCCUUUGAAAACGGUAAACGCCAGGAACCGUGAAGUUUUAAUUUGAAAAGCGUGCAAGAUUUAACCUGAGAAGUGUGCAAGUUUUUGACCUGAUCAGAAGUAAGUCAAAAUUUUUAAUCAGUAUGGUCCACUUUUACGCGGACUUGUUUACCCCCCUCCCCCCGUGCCAGUUUUUGCAUUGUUUGCUCGGUAAAAGCCUAGAGGAAAAAUUUGUACGCGGGCUCGUGUCAAGACGUUUACAUACCCCAAGAUCACGUUUGAGAAUUGUUGCUGUGAUUGUUUGGCUCGAGAGGGAGCUAGAAUGAAAGUUUUACCUUUGUAGUUGGAUUUUUUUUUGGGGGGGGGGGGAAGAUUUUAACCUAAAAUUUUUGGUUUCGUUCAGCGGGCUGUCCAGAUCGCGAGUGUUUGGCCUUUCCUCUCCUUACUAGUGGAAACUCGGGAGAAAGGAAAUCGCCUAAAUCGCAUAACCACACAAGAAGCAAGAACACACUAAGUAAAUGAGGUAAAGCGUUUUUUACUGAAAAUUUCUGCGAUGGAAUAUUUAUCUUUUUUAAUCUAUUGCCUGAUUCCCGAUACAAAUCCUUUAUAUUUACGGCCAUUUUGAGGAUUACACAAUUAUGAUACCACACGUAUUAAUGAUUAAACACUCCUCCUAGGUUGACUGUGCAAGGUUUACCAUUUCUGUAUUUAUUGACAGCCGAGCCUGCAAAGUGCGAGUCCGACGAGGAUUGUUUCAAAGGAAGAGCUAGAUGCAUUCGAAAGGAAUGUCAUUGUACGGGACACUUUGUGGGAGAUGGAAAAACAAAAUGUGAUCGUAAGUCAGUCAUGCCUUCCAAUUUUCACCUGUUAAUUCAAAAGAGAUGUAAAUAUUAUAUGCACAUGUUACCGUAUGAAAAUGAUGUCGCAUUUACGCCACUUUUGUUCUUAAGAGAACGGUCGCGCAUUGCUAUUAGGCUGAUUUAGCAAGAGAACAGGGACGUCAUUUGACGACGGAAAAGCGGGCGGAAAGGACUUCAAGUAAACUCGACUUCCAGUGCCCAAUUUGCCGCUCAGCCAUUGGUCAAGCCAGUUGUUUGAUUUGCGCGCGCAGUCGUCAACUAACGUUCCCGUUAUGUUGCUAAAUCAGCCUAUUGAAGGAGCCACAACGGAUUCUCUACUUUUUCUAUUUCAUUUUUCCGAUUUUUGAGGUGAUGACAUAACAAUGAGAAAGAACAACACUAAAAGCAACCUCGUUUUCAGGUCCUCUCCUACUCCGUCCCCGGGGGCCGAGUAAGAGAGGACCUGGGAAUAAGGUUGUACUCAGGGUUUUCAUGGUAUGACAGGUCUAUCCUUGUUUUUAUUUUCUAACAGACUGGAAGAAGUGCCCACACCACAACAUGUAUGACAAAAGAGAGCCAUGUGGGAUACACAUAAAAGGAAAAAUGGCACAUUCAUUCUGUUUGGAAGGAAAGUUGAAUCUCCAUGGUCACUUACGAACAUCUCAUGUUUGCAAGUGUCAUGACGGGUAUAUUGGCAGAGCAAAUCACCCUGAAUGUGUGAGUUCGAAAGGUGAGAGAUUUUGCUUAAGGAGCUGCAAUCUCUGAUGAAGUGGAAAGCUAAUUUUUAAGGUGGCUCGAUGGGGUUUUCCAUCUGCCUGGCAACAAAUUUUUGAACUUGAAGAAAUACUGUAACUUCUAUUUACUGGUUUGCAUAUAACACUGAUAUUUUGAGGAAGUCAUGUCUACUUGUACUCUUUCUUGCCCGAAAACUAAAUAGCUCCGGUGCACGUACUAAUCAUUUCGAAGUUAUGAACAUGCAAACCCAAAUUAUGUGUAGUAGCUAUCAGACCUGUUAUUAUUUCUCAAUUUUCUUGAGACAGUGGAAUGAAAUAAAUACAGUAAUAAUCUUCUAUUCAGCUAGUCCGUUUUAGCUUCAAAUAGCUAAAAUUCUUUCCUUUUUUAGGAAUGUAUAUUUGUUGAGAUUAUGAUAAUGAAUGCAUUCAUUGUUGACUUUUUCUUUCCACAGCCGAUAAAACUGGCCGCGGGGCAUGCGUACUGGAACAUAACUGUCAUGAGUUAGCGAGGUGCAAACAUAACAAAUGUUACUGUCUUGAUGGCUACGAUGGAAACGGUGAUGUUUGUGUGGGUAAGAUAUAAUUAACACGUGUUGAAGAUUUUUCUUCUCUUAUUACUCAAUCAUCCACUCGAUUUAUUGGAAAUCAAUAGCGGCGGUGAUAGGUCAUUUGCACGAUGACGUCUUUUUACUACUACGACCAGGAUUCAUUUCGUUUUUUCCUUCAUAUGUAAAUUUGGUCAUCUCAGGGCGCUUUCCAUUUGCCAGAACUGACCGGCCAGACCAUUCCCGUCGUAAUGUGAAUUUCACUUUUAAUCAAAACUAUCCAACCAGAUCAGUCAAAUCCUAAAUAGUAUGCACGAAGGAGAUGGUUUUAUCAUCAUCAACAUCAUCAUCAUCAUUGUCAAAAUUAUUCUUACAGGAUUUCUAAUAUUACGUUUGUAUCAUACACUGAGACCGUUCUAUCACGUGAUUUUCGAUGGAAAAAUUACUUUGUACGUACUGUAAGCCCUUAAUUUGUCCAUCAAGAGAUUUUUCCAUGAGUUACUUUACUACUUUUUAGAUUUUAUCAUAUUACUUACCUAUCGUGCGUUUUUUUCCACUAGAACUGUUGUUUUGUUUGUUUUUCAGUCGGAAAACAUGGAGGCACUAAAUGCUUUAAGGAUUCUCACUGCCCAUCAUAUUCUUUCUGCGAAUAUGAAAAAUGCAAAUGUAGAACUGGUCUCGUCGGAAAUGGAGGAACGUGCAAGCCUGGUACGAAGAUUAAUACCAAUAAAUAAUCUGCGUAACAGUAAAACAAGAUAUGUGUCUUUCUGAAAAUAAGUCUUCAUUGGCCGAGAAAUCGUGACAUUCAGGAUUAAAUUGUUUGUGCUACUACUAAUACGUGUCUCGCAACCCCUCGCGAAACUCGGUGUUGCGCUCAAGUUACUCUUCUGCAAGCGCGCGAGUCGCGAAACUCAGUGUGCCAGCCAAGUUAAACCUUGUUGGACUGGGUUGGAAACAUAAUAUAGGUGACAAGUGGGGAAAUCAGAGCCAUCUUGAUGGGGCUAUUUUUUUCUCUCUUGUUUUUUUCUUUUUCUUUUUUAUUGUCCUAGUUUUUGAUAGACAAAAUGCGUAUUGGAAAGCAUAUUUAGGAAUAUUUCGGUCGCUGGGUGGGCAAAAAAAGGCAAAACACGGCAACAACUCGGGUUCAACGGCCAAUCAUGGACAGAGCUGAAAUCAGUUUUUGCUCCUUUGGCGGAAAAGGGGCCAAGUUAAUUGUGGAUUUGUCUCGGUGUAACAUGAAUUCAAACGUAGAUCUCCCCCCCCCAACAAAAAAUAAAUAAAUAAAUAAAAGAUUAUUGCGGUCCCUUUAUUAGUUUCAAUAUUAUACUUCACUGAUAAUUUAGAUUACUCUGCUGUUCAGAUUUCUCACUCUCAGUACAUUUGUUACUCAUGUAAUUUUUCAUGUAGAGAGGUGAAAGAAGAGCUCAGCCCAGUUUAAAUCUGUACAUGAAUGUCAUGCAGGAUUUUUAUUUCAGAACCGCUGGCUGACUGCGCUACUCAUAGUUUUUGUAGUGUGAACGCCAGCUGUAUAAACGGAAAAUGUAUCUGCAAAGGUAAAACAGUUGGGACUGGAAAGGAAUGCCGAGGUUAGUCUUAGACAUUUUAUCUUAAAUCGUCACGCCAUUUUUCAUAAUUCAUUCUGGACAUUAUGAUUAACUUUUAUAAGAAGUCCCUUUGUGGGUUCUCCAAAAGCCUUGGAGAUGUCGUGCGUAGCGUGAUGGAGUGAUUGCUUUUGAGAAGCCUCCCCCGUAAGGCUUUCUGCAAAACACGUCUCUUUUAAAUAUGAAUAAAUCACAAAACCAGAACAUUUUCUCGACCUUUUUACCGCAAUAAAAUCCAUUUGUUAGUCUUUUUGUGCCUUUUUACAGCCUGAAAUGACAGAUUUCCCUCCCCUUUCAUGUACCUGAAGCCUGAAAAAGGUAGCAGUAACGGGCGGAGCCUCCCCGUGUGGGCCUUUAUGGGAGUACUUUCCCGGGCAAACCUAGGACUCAAAACGAUCAGAACGGCAUGGAAAUAUAUGUAUCCUUAAUAGAACCAAAUCUUUUUUACGAUUGCAGAGUAUCAGCCCUGCCCAAAGGGAACAAAUUACUGCGGAAAGAGCACGAUUUGCUUGGUUGAUCCUUUUUUUCCUACAAAGUGUGCAGGUUAGUGUACUAUUCUACUGCACUUACGGUGACUUAGUAUGUUCAUGAGAUCAGCUUGACACCUCAUUUGUCUGCCAGAAAUUUAAUUCAAAAAGUGCUUCGAUUCGUAUAACUAUUUCAGCCUUGGAUGAAUGCGAGAAGAAAGGGAUUUUUUGUCCACGGUUCUCCAGCUGUAUGAAGGAGGGCAUCGCAGCUCCCAGCUGUGUUUGUAUGAAAGGCUUCAGACGUGUAAAAAAGGAUAAAGAACAGAAAUGUGAAGGUAAUGUGAGACACUUGUUUAACCCUAGGAAUAGCAACGAAUGCCGCAAGAAUAAAUAAAUGUAAUCAGUAGUUUUAACUUUAACUAGAUAUAAUUGAAACUGAAUUGAAGCACACCACCGUAGGGGGUGGGGGGGAAGGGUAAACCCUAUAAUGGCCUAUACGGGGAGGCUCCGCCUGAAAGGGGUACCUUUUUCAUGAUUCAGGUACAUGAAAGCUGUGUAGGGGUUACACUAGUUGAAGUAUAUGAAAGGGUUGAGGAAUCGGUCAUUUCGGUCUUUAAAAGGGCCCAAAAGGGCUAGCAAAUACAUAUUAUGGCUGUCAAAGAGCCGAGAAAACUUUCUGGUUUUGUGAUUUAUUCAUAUUUAAAGGAAGGUGCAUUUACAGCAAUGAAAAGGGAUGUAACGUUAUAAACUAGGUCUGCGAGAGGGGUUCCAUUUGUCAGUAGAACGAAAGGGGUACGAAAAGGGUAAGGGGUUGAACCUCGGGGCGGAGCCUCCCCGCAUAAAACUUUCUAAAUCUCUAAUACCUCCCGGGACACAUCGGAGACCGUAUAUGGUAUCAUAUUAUAUAACCAGAACGCAACAAAAUAAGGCUUUGAGAAUCCUGCUAGAAGGAGGAGAAACUAACAUUAAUAGAAACUGAAGGAAAUGCUAUAAGGACUCAACUUGAAUCAAGGUAUGAGAGGCCCCUGAUCACGCGAAAAGAAAAAAAAUUUCCUUUUACAUUCAGUCUAACGCCUUUAAAAUGCAGGUAGUAUAGGUUCUUUGGAUGCCCUUUCUAGCUUAACGAUAUAUUUCAUUUUCACUAAUGAUUUUUGAUAGACAUCAAUGAAUGCAAAGAAAAGAAGCACAACUGUUCCAUUGACAGAGUGUGUCAGAACCGACUGGGUGGAUUUGAUUGUCUUUGUCAGAAGGGGUUACGCCUGGACUAUGAUGGCAAAUGUGUUCGUAAGUGUGUUCUAAAGAUGUUGUGAGAGAAGAACAAGUACUGACGGCGCUAUUGCGUCGUUCUUAUAACAGGGGUGUGUGAACUGUAACGUAAUGCAUGUGAUAUUGUUGUCAGUGUUAUGGGCUGUACAAUGAAAAAUGCAUGCAUGUAAACGGCACAUUUCGUCUGAAAUAAGAUAAUGCGCGUCUUAUCUCAGAAGGGCCCUUAACGUCUGUUCUUAGAUAAGACAUGUCUUGGCUAAGUCACGUCUUAUUUCAAACGAAAUUUGCUGUUUAUUUUUUUUUUCAUAAAAUAACUAAGAUAGUACGCGCGUUCUGAUUGGUUAAAAACCUAUGGUUUAUUGUGCCGGUAAAUUCAUAGAAAACGUAAAGUUAUUUUAUAAAAGCAAUAGACCACACUUUCUAUGGGUUUACCGGCGAUAACCCACUUGGGAUGUUGGGAGUUUUCUCAUGUUCUGCCAACAUUCCAAGUGAGUUAUCACGCCGGUCAACCCAUAGAAAGUGUGGUCUAUUGCUUAAAUCUUUCAACAUUUUAUUUACAAAUCCCAAAAGUAAGUUAAACUACAUGCAUAAUAGCACUAAAUUUAAGUAAUGGGUAAGGGUGUUCGUGGCCGCAAAGCACGUGGCUAGCAGGCCCGCUCCGUAAAAUCUCUGAUAACAGAUAAAUUUCUUAUAACAAUAUUGCAACCCUCAAUAAAGCCUUUGAUGACAGGAGUGGCUCAGGUCUGUCCUUGAACUUUGGAUUUACCGGGAAAAUACAGCCAGUUGUCGAAGCGGGGCGUCGAACCAGGACCACUGCGAGCACUUGACCACUCGGUCACGCUGAGUCCCAAUGGCACACAAUUAGGAUGAACAUGAAUAGUGGGAGGACAAUUGAAUUUUUCUAUUUGUUUCAGCAUUGGACAAAUGCGAUGAGAGAGGAAACACGUGCUCACCAAAUAGCAAGUGCAAAAAAAUUCGUAGUGGCUCUUAUGACUGUGUUUGUAUAGAAGGCUACAAAGACGUUCACUUUGGAGAGAACCUCAAAAAAUGUGAAGGUAAAAAGAAAAGUUGUUGCUUAAAAACAAUCAAUUGUUAGUUAGCGAAAAUGUCUUAUACAUCAUACCGGCAUUUUAGUAUUCUAUCCGUACACCUGCUCAGAGCCUACGCAUGAAGAGGGGAUGAUUUAUUUACCUGAGUAACAAUUUUUUUUGUAACAGAUUUUCCGCCACUACCGUGUCAACCAUGGUAAAGAUGACAAAUUAAAUUAACAAAAUAAUCAUUGCAAGGCAUGCCAAAUUCUGUGUCCAGUAGUUUACCAAAAAGGUAGUAUUUCGGUGUUUUGCGUUCAAACUUCUGCGCUCUGGCUUGCGCUCUGUUAGUUUGCUUUUAGGUCUUAAAGUGAACUUGUUUUCCUACCAUCACUCGUUUUUUUUUCCAUUAUGAAAACUAGAAGGAAUAUUUUCCUCUUUGUUUUCUCUUUAUUUUUCUUAGAUGUCAAUGAAUGCUUAACAGCCGAGGCUAAAUGUUCGGGUGACCGCUGCCGAAACACUCAAGGCUCAUACACAUGUGUUCCUUGUCUCCCAGGAUUCACUGAGAACGAUGAGGGCAUUUGUGUCGGUAGGCAUGCCCAAUCCCUAAUAAUAACAAUAAAGAGGAAAUUAACUCACUUUUAAAAGAAAGAAUUCUUUGGAAUUCCGGUAGGGAAACGCCCUUGUAUUGUUCAAAUGGAGGCAAUCAGUUUGUUUCUGUUUGACUUGAGUAAACUCAGUCAGCGGAUCGGUUAGUACUAUAUUUCAUCGAGCGUCGAUUCGUAAACCUGAUAUACUAGGUAUUUGACCAAUUUGAACAAUUCCACAAAGUGUUCAGAGCGGGACUCGAACCCGGGGCUUCCGGAUUGCGAGUCCGACGCGCUGACCACUCAGCCAUGCUGCCUCCUUAAAAUGUGCAUUUCUUAUUAAUAAGGUAAAGUAAUAAUAAUCUAUGUAAUUUUGGAUUUAAGUUAGGAUUAAAGGAGCUUGCAACUGCGAUGAAAAAACUGAAGAAUGCAAACGUGGAAAAUGUAGAUGUAAAACUGCUUUGGGAUACAAAAGAAACAACAAAGGCCGAUGUGUCAGACCACCGGGUAAGCAUAUGGUCCCCCAGUCGACCCUCCGAAAUUUUCGUUGUUCUCAGAUUAUAAUUCUGAUCAAAUAUUACCUA